AUGUCGUUACAGGGCAAAGUUUUUAAAUUAAACAAUGGCAAGACCAUUCCAGCUGUUGGCUUUGGAACUGGAACCAAGUGGUAUAAAUUUGGAAACGAUGAAGUUGAUACUAAAUUGGUUUCUACAUUAGAGAGAGCAAUUAAAGUUGGAUUCGAUCAUAUCGACGGUGCGGAAGUCUAUGGAACAGAAGUCGAGAUUGGUAAGGCAGUUAAGGAAUCAGGAAUCAAAAGGGAUGACAUUUUUUUGACAACCAAGUAUUUUGCUGGAGACGGGUCUUAUACCACUCAUUCUAAAGAGGCAAAUCCUUAUGAAAGUUUAAAGGCUUCGUUAAAGAAAUUACAAGUAGAUUACGUUGACUUGUAUUUACUUCACGCUCCAUUUAUUAAGAAAGAAUCUCAUGGAUUCACCCUUGUUGAAGCAUGGAAUUACUUGGAGAAAUUAGUCGAAGAUGGCUACGCUAAGUCAAUUGGGGUUUCAAAUUUUGCGGUGGACGACUUGAAGGAGAUUUUGGCUUCCAAUCCUAAAAUUAAACCCGCAAUUAAUCAAAUUGAAUUUAAUGCUUAUUUGCAAAAUCAAACUCCCGGUAUUGUCGAAUUUACUCAAGAGCACGGAAUCCUUGUUGAAGCUUAUAGUCCGUUGGGUCCAAUUGUGAAAGGUUCUCCUGGCCCAUUAGAUGAUACUUUGAAGAACUUGUCUAAGAAGUACAGCAAGUCGGAGGGUCAGAUAUUGUUAAGAUGGGUCUUACAGAGAAAUAUCUUACCUAUCACUACUUCAGGUAACGAAGAGAGGAGGAAGCAAUUUAUAGAUAUAUUUGAUUUCAAGUUAACCACUGAGGAAGAAAAUGAAAUAACUAAGAUUGGUUCCAAGAAGGUUUUAAGACAAUACUGGACAAAGGAGUAUUCCAAGUUCGAUUAA